UAUCCAACUGGACCGUCGCAAUGCGGCAACACCGUCAAAAUCAAAUCUUGCUGCUCCGACAGCUCGAGACGGAGAUGCGGUAGCUCACCUUCUUCUCCGACGGCCGUAGAUGGCAGCCGGCGAGUACCUCCUUCUCCCGGCUGCCGCUGCACUGCUCUUUCUCUCCUUCUUCCUCCGUUGCGAUGGCGAGCCAAUGGCCUGCGACGCCCCUUCUCCCUCCCCCCUCUGUGAGGCCUUCCUCUACGUCCGCCCUCGCGGGCUCGACGUCUCGGCGGUUGCCGAUCAGUUCGCCGCCAACGCCUCGCUCAUCCAGGCCUUCCUCCGAGGCUCCGAGGAAGACUACCUGGUCUCGGUCCCCUGCGCGUGCGAGCGGCCGGCGGACGCCAACCUCACCGCCCUGUUCCACGACGCUGUCUACCAGGUGAAGUACAAGGACACCGCCGACGACAUUAACGCCACAGUGUUCAGCGGGUUGGCGUGGCGCUUGCCGGCCAAAGUCAUCUUCCCAGGCAAUAUCACCGUCCACCUCCCCUGCGGUUGUUGGACGGCGGGAAGAGGAGGAUCAAGGGAGGAGAAGAAGGUGGUGGUGGUGUCGUACGCUGUGCAGGCCGGCGACACGUUGACAACCAUCGCUGACUUGCUGGACACCGACGUGGAUUCGAUCAUAGCGAUAAACGCAGAGUUGAGUCAGCACCCGAACUCCAUCCCCCUCAGCCAACUUCUGUUCGUGCCCAUGGGUGCACAUUCUUCGCCGGAGCUGGCGCCGGCGGCGCCUCAUGCUAAUUACUUCAAAGGGAAGCAGAAGGUUGCAAUCAUAGCGCUUGGCAUUUCCAUAUCAUUUUUGUCGAUCAUCCUCAUCGGCUUCUCGGUACUCUUCUAUCAGAGAAGGCGAUCGGCUGACACCAUUGACGAGAAAUCGAAGGCAAACUCGAGCAAAAUUACAAGCACAAGAUGCACAGUUGCAGCCUUGGAGAGCCGGCUUCUUACUUGCAAGAAUGGUGAAGGAACUGCAGCAUUCAGAACAGAGAGACCAGUGAUAUUUAGUCUGGAAGAGGUUGAUCAAGCCACUGCAAGUUUUGAAGGAUCAAGAAAGAUCGGCGAGGGAGGGUACGGCAGUGUGUAUUUCGGAAUCUUAGCCAAUGAGGAAGUUGCGAUUAAAAAGAUGAAAUCAAGCAAGUCCAAGGAGUUCCUUGCUGAGCUAAAUGUUUUAUGCAACGUGCAUCACAGAAAUGUGGUCGAACUCAUUGGUUAUGCAGCAGGAGAGGACUACCUUUACUUGGUCUAUGAGUAUGUUCAGAAUGGCUCACUGAAUGAGAACCUUCAUGAUCCAUUGCUCAAAGGUCAUCUGCCUCUAUCAUGGACUGCAAGAACUCAGAUUGCAUUGGAUACAGCAUGCGGAAUCGAGUACAUACACGAACACACCAAGACGACUUGUGUUCAUCGCGAUAUAAAGACUAGCAACAUCCUUUUGGAUAGCACACUAAGAGCAAAGGUAGCAGAUUUCGGGCUAGCAAAGCUGGUGGAGGAACACAGGGAAGAACAAGGGUAUUUAGCUACACGUUUGGUCGGAACACCGGGAUACCUUCCACCAGAAUCUGUUAGGGAGCUGCAAAUGACCACCAAAUCUGAUGUGUUUGCCUUUGGAGUUGUGCUGUCUGAGCUUGUCACAGGCCAAAGGGCUCUAACUCCAGAUCGAAAGGAUCCAAGCAAGAUGAGAUCACUGGCCACAAUUAUGAAAGGAAUUUUCCUCUCAGAAGAUCCAGAGAGAGCCAUUGAGGAGAUUAUAGAUCCAAAUCUGAAUCAUUUUUACCCUGCUGAAGAAGUUCACAAGAUGGUGCACAUUGCUAUGUGGUGCUUGAGUGAUGAUCCUGUAAGUCGACCGGAAAUGAGAGAGAUCACAGCAAACCUAUUGCAGAUUCUGAUGGCUUCCAUAGAGUGGGAAGCAUCACUUGGUGGCAACAGUCAAGUGUUCAGUGGCAUCUUUGGAGGAAGAUGAGGACUGUUUUCCAGUUCAAUUAGUCUCAACUAUUUUAGGUUGGCUAUAUGAAUCGUACUCCUUUGUUGUACUCUUUUGUUGUUCUCUUUUGUGUACAAUACUCUAUUUGCUUAUGAUUGGAUCGGAAUUGUGAUAAUGAUGUUUCAUGUAGGUCACAA